GUUUGGGUGCGUUGUUGUCGUUGUUUGGGUGUGGGUGUCUGGACUGAGCAACCACCAUCCAUCUUGCCACCAGUCUCAACGCCACAGUUGCCAAGAACCUACUCCCUGGUUGAAGCUUUGAAGACCGCGAGAACAGCUGUACUAAUGCAUAUUCUUUCUGCUUGUUGCACGCGUGAUGUUGUUGCAGCAGGAGACCAGCACGAUGAAUGCGCCUUUGGCAGACAUCCAUGCUGCCGUCUUCAGCACCGAGGCCACGACAACUCCAUCACAGAGGCAGGAAGCACGACAAGGCAUCAUCACGCCGGUUGACAACCACAAUGGAAAUGACGCCAGCACAAACCACAGCCCCGUGUGUGCGGAGGACGGCGACCGCGGGUUCUACCCGAGCCCGCUGGCCCCCAGCCCAGUGCGUAACAAGGCGCUAUGCAUGUCACCCAAGUCGCCAGACGCGAGCAAAGUGCGCUCCGUCUUGCGUUUGGAGCCAAUGAACAGCCCGACCGGGAUGGAGCUCAAGCCACUCCCGCUCAGCACACCCGCGGUUGCUGCGCCGCCCGCACAUCCUGCAUCAACCCCUGCGCCAGCAUCAGGGUCGCCUUCGAGGAAACUCCGCGAGCACUUCAGUCCGCUGCGACCGAUCCACAACCUGGAGCCACAACGAGUGGCUGCGCAGCGACAACAGCCGAAGCACAAGUGCAGCCGGGCAACCGACCUCGCCAAGCAGGCCAUGUUCAACUCCCGCCACAUGUCGGUAAAAGCCAACACACAACAGGAACAACAUGAGCAAGUACAAGGGCAAGCCCUGCAACAGCAACAGUCACAACAACAGCAACAACGAAACAAGCAGCCGUCACAGCAGCCGCAGCAGCGACAGCAACCGAAGCAGUCACAGCAACAGCAGCAACAGCAGCAGCAGCAGCAGCGGCAAUGCCAGCUGCCUUCGCCAUUGAUGCCUUGCCAGCCGUCAGGACUGGGCGAGUCAACACUGCUCACAGAGAGCGGCAGUUACAAGGCAAGUGCCGAUGAUGAGGAGAGCUUGAUGGCACAGCGUGUUCAAGCCCCAGCCACGACGACGCGCCACAACAAAGAUCGAGUACAGCUGCAGCAAACGAUGAGAGAGCAAGCUGUUCCAGAAGACAAAAACAAGAGCUGCAAUCAGGAUGAGAGCGAAUUGGAUGAUGACACGUUGUACGAGGCGCUGCAGUUCAGCUUCGACGCCAAAGGCCGAGUUGCACCUCAUCGCACCCACGACCGAAUCCACGACGUAACACACCACCAUCACAACAACAACAGCAACAGCGGCAACAGCGGCAACGACAGGAGCAACGGCAGUUGUGGUGGCACGGCAGCGACGGACCAGCUGUCCAGUGAAAACGACACCAGCAGUGCCAGUCUGGAAGACAGCAUGGACGCCGUGGGGCUGAAUUGGGCUGAGUAUACGCUUGUUGAGACGAGCGUGGCCAUGAAGGGCCAGGGCCUUGGCGUUGUUCUUGGUAGCAUCCUGGACUCCGACCGUGGUCUGUGCGUCUCGUUUGUGGCGGCAACCGGCCCUUCCAGUGGCCGCUUGUACCCAGGCGACAUUAUCUUCGCAGUAAACGACGUGGUGCUUGGGGUGGCUCCGACGCCAAAGGCAAAAUGGGUGGCUGCACGGCAGAUUGCAAAGUCACCGCAGCAGAUGCUGGUGCAGCUCUUCCGCCACAAAUCGCACCUGUUUGGGCCCUGGGACCAGCGCCCAAAGGAACGCAAGCACGCCGCACUCGCAGACGACCAGCUUGCAGGUGCAGUCAUGUCUGGACGACAAGUGGGGCAAAACAGCAGCAUGGAUGCGCAGAACACAGCAGACUGGUCCAACAUGACGGAGCUUGAUGACUUGUCGCAGCUGGCGGGCAUUGUUGAUGCGGCAUUGGAUGGGUCGCAUGCAGACGGCGGUGGCGAUGGCGAUAGCCGCGGAGACACACAAGAGCGCUGCCAUGAUGCCGCGAUUGUUGGCAUGCGCAACAACACGCAGGCAGAAAAACCACAACAACAACAACAACAACAACGCAGUGCCAGCGGGCGCGUGUCUGUGUUUGGGUACUUCAGCAACGCACGAGAGCACAGCGUGAACACAGAUCCAAUCACGGCAGCGACACUGCAGCAGCAACAACGGCGAUCUGUGUGUUUCGACGCGGCAGAUGAGGCCACGCUGGGGCACCGCGCUCGUGACAGCGGCCACGACCAGGAGCAGCAGCAGCGGCAGCACGCCAGUGCAGGACCUGCACGAAGAGCGACAGAGGGACCAGUUGCUGCCUCUCACCACGAGCAGGAUGCUUGCCCCAUUGUCACCCUGCCACACCCUUCACGCAGAUACUCCAGGUCAACACCGUCUGUCCAACCAGGCACCUCCCGCUCCCGCCACUCCCAUCAACAAGGGAUUGCUGGUCAUCGGCAGGAACAGCAAACGGCCGGGGCGCAUGCUGCUGCUGAUGAUGUUGAUGAUGCGUGGAUCCCGCAGCCUCCAGCCUCGCUCUCUGUCAGUGAUUGCAUGACAGCGGCCUCUUCCAACGGCGAAAAUGACGACACUGUCAUUGCUCACGACGGCUCGCAGGCACCUGCGGAUCAAACGCUCGUGCCGCAACACCAGCAAGAGCAGCGGCCGUUUUCUGCGGUGAGCAAUGGUGGCGAUGUCGCGCCUGUCAAUAUGGGCGAAGGUGGUGCGCCAGCAGAGCGGAAGCAGCUGCGUGAGCGCAGCAACACGUACGCGGGACAGCAGCUCCUGCGACAACAUGCAUCCACCGCUACUGCACGCUGUCCUGCCCCACAACAACAACGCCAACACCAACAGCAGCAUGAGCCCGUGAGGAGACGUGCACGGUCACACGCGUCGGCCUUGAAGCCGCCAAAGCAGCUGAGUGGCCCACACGAGGCGCGUUUGUCGCGGUUUGCGUCGGUGGUGGAAGUGUUUGACUACGUACUGGUCUCGCUCUGUCACCCUCGUGUGUCCAUGCUGCAAGCGGCAGAGCAAAGCCCGCGCGGCAGCAAGACACCAGCAACGGCAACAGCAACGGCAGCAACGGCAGACAACACGGCACGUGUGACGUUAGCAGCAACAGCAGCGAUGACAGACGAUGGGCACCUUCGCCGCCAUCGUCGUCGUCGUCGUCGUCAGAACGGGAGAGGAGAAGGAGCAGAGAAGGAUGUCACUGGCCAGGGUUGCAUUGCAACAGACACCGACCCAAGUCGGCAGCCAGUGUGCCGGCCACGCCAUGAUCCGUCCAUUCUCGUCUCGCACGGCACGCUACUUGACGAGACGCUGCAGCCUGUUGUGCCUGUCGUGUGCUACUUUGGCACUGACGGCCGGCGCACGGACCUUGGCGUGGACAUUGUUGGGCGCGCAGGGGCACAUGGCGGCCUGUUUGUUCUGCAGCGUGGCGAGAACCAACCCAGGCCGAGCCUCUCUCUUCUGCGCGAGGGCGAUCGCAUCGUCGCAGUGAACAACGUGUCACUGCUGCGCAUGAAGAAUCGCAAAGCGUACAAGGUGUUGCUCAAGGCAAUGCAUGAUCAACAGCCGCUUUACAUCACCGUGUGGCGGCAAGCUCCUUCCAUCGGGUUCGAGGAAUCCGUGCAUGACCUUCUCACCCCAGCUGGCUUUGUAUAACUUCUGGCACGCCAUCAUCACGCAUCCCUCCGCCAAUGAACUGCUCGAGCGCACGUGUUGGUCAUUGUUGCGCUCCCUCCCAUCUGCUCGCGUGCGCGUGCAUCGCAGCGUCUGCAACAGUGGUUGCUUCACGCGCUGCAACAAUGGCUUGUUUGUUGGUUGUUGUGAUGGUUGUGUGAGUUAGCUGCUGUGUCGUGUUGUUGUUCGUCUCGAGCAGAAGGUUUGUUUCUGCGUCGUCUGCAAGUUGCGCGCAGCCUUGUUUGUGCUUGUUUGGCGCUUGGGACGUGCCCGCAUGUGGUUUGUGCCCAUCAGCGCACCUCUUUGUUGCUUGUUCAUGUUCUUGUCACUAGUUUGUGAGAGUCAGAAAGCCGACACGGGAGGCGCGAGACGUUGUUGUUCAUUCUUGUUCACGUGCAUUGUGACAUGCGCGAUGCACGCGAAAGAACGCACGUGUCCAUGCCUCCCCUGCUUUGUUUGCUUGCUUGCUUUUUUUUGGUCUUCUUGUUCUUGUUCUUCUUUCCUUCCUGCUCAUCGUAUCUCCUCGUGUGAUUUGUUCUCGUGACGCUCGUUGUUUCUUUCGCUCGUGCCAUCCACCCAAAACACGCCACGUUCUCACCUGCACCUUCACCUUUGCCUUCUUUCUCUUUUCCCGCCCAUUCGUUCAUCAUCACCUCCCCCCUCCCCCCUCGAGCGCCAUGAAUCGUCCUUCACCCAUCAAUCAUCGUUGUCGUUGUUGUUCUCCCUGUUUUGGGGCUGUGCUUGCUUGUGGUUGCGGGGGGUCGCGUGAAGUCGUUCCCUGCUCCGUCCUGCCUGUUCCGUUACAACCGCUACAACACAGCAGUGCACAAGGAAG